GUUUUUCCUGUUGCCUGGCCUUUUCAAAGUGGCUUUCCAGACAGAAAGGGGGAAUUCAAGAUCGAACAAUUUUGAGUACCGCUCGGAUACUCAGAAUCUACCCUCCCAGCUCUGCAUGUACCAUACCUGUGUGAAGAAGAUUUACCCCAAGGCUGAAAUACCUGAUCUGACUGAUCUUCAUAGGCCCCAUCACAGACAAUGGUAGCAUGCAUUGGAUAUCAACCAGACAAGUCCUGUAAAAGUGCAAAAUGCAAGUGGUAGGAUGGAUGGAAGAAGAAGAUAUGAUGGACAUCACCAUCCUGGAAGGGAUCAUGAGGUCAAUCAUCAAUUCCAUCAAGGACACUUGGCUUACAAUGACCAGAUGAUGGAAAGAGAAAGAUAUGAACGUUUUAUGAGCAGAACUUCCCAACCAUCAUCGAGGUAUCAUGGUGGGAUGCCAUACUAUGGAAACCAGGGUGUUCAAGGGUCACCUUAUUUAAAUUGGCAAGGUCAGACAAGAGAUCCAUCCCACGCACAGAAUACAUAUCAUCCUCAGGUGUUUCCUAACUGCUAUGGCCAAACUAACUUUCCAAGUGGACAAACUGCUGGACAGUUCUCACAUUUUGGAUAUGAGGGAUUCGGGAAUGCUGCUGAUGGGAUGCCUAUGCAUUCGAGGCAUUCAUUGCCAAGUGUUUCUGGUGCUAAUGAUAGCAGACAAGGCUUCUGGAAUAAUGAAGCGUAUGGUUCAAGUCAGGCAAGAAUUUGUGAGUCCAGAGGCUACCCGCCACCCUAUGAUACAUCUGGAGGCAACGCAGGACUUGCCUCUUCACAAGUUCAUCAGGUAAUCGAAAGCAACAUCAAUGCUACAGACUCGGCUGUGACUGUCAGUGAUAGAAGUAUUAGGAACUCCCACAAUACUGAAUCACACAAAGGUAACCUACCUUUGAACUAUGAUGCUGGUUGUGUAACAUCGGGAUAUCAAUUGCAAUUAGAGAGUAGCAAGUCGGAUGUACCCAUACCAUCUGUAUCUUCGCAAAGUUAUUCUUUAGGUGCUCAGCUAUCGAAUCGUGGAUCUCCUGACAAUGUUCCUUUGCCGUAUUCAUCAAGAAAUCACACUGGUGGAGAGAGACCAUUACCUUGCUUUGUCAAUCAGGAGCAUGUUACUGCUGAUAAUUGUGGGCAGCAUUACCAAACAAAAAAUGUUCCUGACAGUGGAGGGAAGAGGACAGAAUCCCAUUGUCCUAGCAAGCAUUCUUCUCCGUCUGUACGCGAAAAGCCAUCUACACCAUCAUUACAAGGAAGUGGCAAACGUUUUGGUGAUGAUGCUUAUGAUCAACUGGAGGGUCCUGUUGAUCAGGAUUCUCUCAAUGUAAACAGAAAGGAGCCAUCUUCUACUAGUCACAAAUCUUCAGACCAUCCUGUAAAGAUUCCACAAGCAGAAUUGAAGAAUGAUAAUGUCUCCACUGAUACAAAACACUUCAAGGAAAGAAUUGUUGAAUCUGAGAAAAUGCUCAUUUCAAGUGUAGGUGAACAUGAGACAAAAAUGGAAAACCAGGGGUAUGUGGCCAAGAAUUGUCCUGAAAUUGCUGAACAUAAGGAAAGUGACUCACCAGUAUCUUCGCUGCAUGAUCAUGGAGAUUGCAGUGCACAAUUAGCAGAUACAAGGCAUGAAGUUCAGAACCUUGAGGAGACUGGCUCACUGCAAGACAAACAUGUAACACCCACAGACAUUUGUGCUGAUCGUCAUGAUGUAAAACAAGCCAAUGUGCCCAAGAAGACUCCUCCAAAAUCAGUACGAACAACGGUAGAUCUAAGUGCUUCGGAACUUGGCUGCAGCACUUUGGUUCAAUUUGAGGGUGGUACAUGCACGUAUAUCCAAAGAGAGUCUACAGGUGAAAAAGAGGAAGGAACAUUCUACUGCUAUGGUCAGCGGGAUGAGGAUACAGAACUAGAGCCAAGAGUAGUGUCUCCUCAAGGGAAAAGUCCUCCAGAAAUAGAAGAUAAUGAUUUGCCAAUAGCCACAACAAACCCACAAAGUAGGCAAUAUCAUGAUGACAUCUCUAUGGGAAAGCUCCAAACGAUGCCCGAAGUGAAGUGUCGGCUAAGAGAAGGACAUGGCGAUGGUCAGAGUCCAAAGGAACUCGAGUGUGUGUUAGAUGCUCCAAGACAUUUUGCAGUUCCUGUGGCUAUUGGAGAACAUAGCACAGUAAUGGUUUGCAACAAUGACGUUGAUGCCUUGCCAGUUGAAGCAGAAAACCGGGAUUUCAUCAAUUCUUCAAAAUUCAACACAAGACUUGGCCCUAAUGAUGAUGUAAUGUUUGACAGAUGCCCCUCAUGCUGUGAACUGGUAGCCUGUGAUGACAUGGUAGAACAUUCAUUUAAAUGCAAGGUAUCAAAACCAGACCCAGAUGAAGCUCCAGGCAGUCUUCCUGUCAACCUUCAACCACCAAAUGAUGAUGAAGCAGCUAUGAACUGUCCAGAAUGCGGAGUUGGCUUCCAAACAACAGACGACCUGGUCAUCCAUCUGCGCAUUCAUGAGAUGUUGGCUAAGAAUGCCAAGAAAAUCCAGGAAGCGGACCAAAUGAUGUUGAUGACGGAGAAACAAAUGACAGAGAUGGCUGCAGACAUCUCAGAACAACAACCUGAAGAAUGUGAUGUGUGCUACGAGGUCUUCACUGAUCCUACAAUGAUUCCGUAUCACAAGAUGAUGCACCAGCAGUUUCCUUUCCACUGCAGGAAAUGCAACCUCUUCUUCAGCACCCUUACAGAACUCUACAAGUCCCGUUGUGCCGACCAGAAGCGCCACAAGGUCUUCAAGUACAGGUGUGAGAGGUGCAAGGGUGUCCUUCUGGACUCGUAUAAGAUGCGGAAGCAUCGGAAGAGAUGUGAGGGAAAGAUGGAAACAUGUAGGCUCUGCCAAGAGAAAUUUCCAUCCUUCAGGCAGUUGGCCCAGCAUGCAGAAAUCUUUCACAAUGAAAAGAUGAGUAACAUUUGCAUGGAUAGUGGAGAAAUCAAUGAAACCAACAUUGAUCAGGCAGUUUCUGAAACUGAAAAUACAGAUCUUCAAGAUGGAAAUGCUCAAGAUGAGAAAGUUGCAGUCCAAGAUGUUCAAGAUGAUGAACAUGUAGUCAACAGUGCUAAAGUUCAUCAAAUUUCAGAUCCAAAAACUUCAGAUUCCAUGUCGGCAGGACAGGAUUUAUUACAGCAAGAUACCAGUCUAGAAAUAAUAUCAGACAGUAGACAUGUCAAAGAUGAAAUCAGAAAAACAACUUACGAAAAUGAGUGUACUGUUCCUAAAGGACCUGGCAGGAUGGAAGAGCCUACGGAUGCUAAAGAAACAAAAACCAAACCUUCAGAAUACGGUGGUGUGAUUCUGUGUAAAAUCUGUGGAAAAGAACUACCAAUGUCACAUAGAUAUCAUGGACGAGCAUGCAAGGAAAUUCCAGAAUACUGCAAGACUUGCUCAAAAACAGGAACCAAGAGAAUGCCCUCUCGGAGCAUAGGAUCUGAGAAAGAGAAAGAGCCGGUCCAGAAAAACACUUUGCCCAUAUCGGACAGCACAUCAAAAGAGGACUCAUGUGAUAUUACCACAGAACCAUUCGAAAAGAAACGCAAGAAGGAUCAAACUGAUGGUGAGAUAUGUGGUGCUUGUGGGAAGUGGUUCAAGAACUUCUCAAAACUCGAAAAGCAUGCUGGAAAGUGUGAUGGCGUAAAGAAUAAAAAGGACAGAGGUAUUUGUCAAGAUUCUCCAAAUCAAGAUGAAGAAAUUAACAUGAACUGGAAGUCUAGGGAUCAUGAGGUCAAAGAUGACAGGACUUGCUCAAAAAAAGAAAGCUCCCAAAAAAUGCCCUCUCACAACUUCGCAUCUGAGACAAAGAAAGAGCAAGUCAAGAAAAGAACUUUGUCCCUAUCCAACAGCUCAUCAAAACACGACACAUUUGAUAACAAAACCACUGAACCAUUCGCUAAGAAGCAGAAGAAGGAUCAAACUGAUGGUGAGACAUGCAGUGCUUGUGGGAAGUGGUUUAAGAACUUUUCAAAACUCGAAAAGCAUGCUGGAAAGUGUGAUGGCAUAAAGAAGCAAAAGGGCAGUGGGAUUCGUCAAGAUUUUCCAAAACGAGGUGAUGAAAAUAACUUGAAAUGGUUAUCUGGGGGUCAUGGGGUCAAAGAUUACAAAAUGAAAUCUCAGAGCUUAGCAUCUGAGACAAAUAAGGAGACAGUCAAGAAAAGGACUUUGCCCCUAUCCGUCAGCACAUCAAAAGACUACACAUUUUAUGAUAAAACCACUGAUGGUGAGAUAUGUGGUGCUUGUGGAAAGUGGUUCAAGAAUUUCUCAAAACUCGAAAAGCAUGCUGGAAAGUGUGAUGGCGUAAAGAAUAAAAAGGACAGAGGAAUUUGUCAAGAUUCUCCAAACCGAAGUGAUGAAAUAAACCUGAACUGGAAAUAUCCUACAACACAUCAGUGUCCUAAUUGUAAACGAAUGUUUUCAAAGGAGAAGAGGUUAAAGAAACAUCGGAAAACUUGUCUGUGGAUUCCAGAAAGUACUUCUUCGGAACCCGGUGUACGCUCGAAGGCUGCAGUUGAUGAGGUAUCAGAUCAGGAAGAUGAGCUUUUAUUGACUGCCUUGGAAAAUUCUGACGAUGUCAGAGAUGCAGUCAGGAUUACCAAUGCUGAUGAUGUUGUUAAUUCAUUGGUUUCCUCACCUAUUGAAUCAGUGGAAACACCUAUUGAGGACAACAGUAUAGAAUCUGUGCAUGCGGAAGAAAGUAACCAGCUGACUAUGAACAAAGAAGAGUCUGAUCAAAGUACCUGUGACGUAGCUGUUGGAGAAUAUAAGCAGGAGUUAGUUGAGAUGAAAGUGCCCGAUAAAAGUAGCUGUGACAUAGUCGGUGCAGAAUUUUUUCAAGUUCAAGUAGACAAAGGAGAACCUAGUCAAAGUAAAUCUGUAACAGAAACAAUUGUCAGAGAAGAUUCUGAUGGAAAGUCCAAAGAAACAGAAGUUAAUCAGGAGGCUUUGGACAGAGAGAAGUCCAAUGAAACAGUAGUUGACCAGGAGACUUUGGACAGAGAGAAUUCCAAUGAAACAGUAGGUGACCAGGAGACUUUGGACAGAGAGAAGUCCAAUGAAACAGUAGUUGACCAGGAGGAUUUGGACAGGGAGAAGUCCAAUGAAACAGUAGUUGACGAGGAGGAUUUGGACAGAGAGAAUUCCAAUGAAACAGAAGUUGACCAGGAGACUUUUGACAGAGAGAAUUCUAAUGAAACAGAAGUUGACCAGGAGGAUUUGGACAGAGAGAAGUCCAAUGAAAAAGUAGUUGACCAGGAGGAUUUGGACAAAGAGAAGUCUAAGGAAACAAAAGUUAACCAGGAUUGCUUUGACAGAGAGAAGUUCAAAGAAACAGAAGUUAACCAAGAGGCUUUGGACAGAGAAAAAUUCAAAGAAACAGAAGUUGACCAGGAGACUUUUGACAGAGAGAAGUCCAAUGAAACAGUAGUUGACCAGGAUUGCUUCGACAGAGAGAAGUUCAAAGAAACAGAAGUUAACCAAGAGGCUUUGGACAGAGAGAAAUUCAAAGAAAUAGAAAUCAACCCGGAGGAUUUGCACAUUGAAAAGUCCAAAGAAACAAAAGAGGCUUUGGACAGUGGGAAGUCCAAAGUAAUGGUUAACCAGGAGGCUUUGGACAGAGAUAAUUCCAAAGAAAUAGAAGCUGACCAACAGGCUUUGGACAGAGAGAAUUCCAAAGAAAUUGAACUUAACCAACAGGCUUUGGAAAGAGAGAAGUCCAGAGAAAUAGAAAUUAACCUGGAGGCUUUCGACAGACAGAAGUCCAAAGAAUCAGAAAGUAUCCAGGAUAUUUCCACAAUGUGUGCUACUAGUCAAGUUAUGUCAUCCCACGAGGACAGAUCACCAGUCGCAGAGACUAACAUAAAUCAUGUACAAAACAAUUUUAUUACAUCUUGCGUCCCAGAGACCUCAUCAGGGGGUGAAGAUUUGCAUGCAAACUCGGGUGGUGACUGUGAUAAACAUGUAAAAUCCUUAGGACAGCGUUAUAAGGGGGAAAUGUCCGAAAUGUCAAACAAUGAUGGAGACUUAAUCACUCUUCCUUCACCAGCAUCAAAACAACAAGUUAAUUGUAGUAGAAGUGAGAUAGUGAGCUCUGUGUCUGAACCUACUAAGGCAGUUCUUGGUCCAGCAAGAGGUACAAGAGACACUUCGUCAGAUGAUAUUAUUCAAGAAGACUCAUCAGAAGGGAAUGGUUUGCAAUUGUUCUUCAGAGAACCAAUGACACCAGACCACUUACCAUCUGGUGGUUGUCCCAUGAUAAAUGUACCAUUGUUAAAGGCUAACAAAAACACUGAGAUGGACAUCUCUGAUUCUGCACACUGCAUAACUGAGGAAACAGGAUGCCUACAGGCUGAUUUAUCUUCUCCUUCAGCGGGAGCAGAUGUAAAGAAAGAAUCUUAUUUGGCAGAAAAAUCCACUUCUGCUCGUCCAGAGGUUAAAAAGUUGGAGCACGCUCACCUAAGAGAACAACUGGUAGAUUCAGAGUCUGUGGAUCAAAGUGUUAGUAACUCAUCAGAACCUGAGCAGGCAUCAGGAGUUGCUGAUGAUACAGAAUCACUUUCUCAGGGUGAUGUAGCUGCUGGACAGCCACUUAGAAAAUCUGUAGAUGAUGAUGAUGACAACACAAUUAGUUCUGUUUCUCAGACAUCUUCAAAUUUGAUGGACAUCGACACUUCUCAAACAAUGUCAACAAAUGCCCCCGUACAUCAAGAGCCUGCCCAGACAUUAUCCCAGGACAGUUCAGGGAAUACAACCAAGGGAUCCAUUGAAGUUACGACCGGUAUCGAAGAGAAGGGCCACUUCUCUGGGCUUAAGGACAAGAGCAGUACAGGUUCACCAUUGAAGGUUGAAUACACCAUGGGUUUAGAAACUGUCGAUACUAUUUCUCUAGAAUGUGAAACCAUCCCAGGACAUCACUGUGUCUAUUGUGCUGCCCAAUUUCCUUCCAGGAAUGACCUUUGGAACCAUGCGAGAGGCUGCCGCGACAACCAUCUUAUGUUGAUAGCUAAUCGGGUUGCUGGAGAAGCCGACCCCACCAAACCCGGCCUUGUGAUUGAACCUGUAGUCUUGGAAAAGGUGCCCUGGCAGGUACACAAUGAUUACACCAAUAAAGAGGCUAUGGUUAUGAGGACUGAGAUUGGAAUCGACCUUAAUUGUGUCGUACCUGCCGUUGGUUAUAAACAUCCGCCCAACAAACCUCCCAACCCUCAAACCGCCAAACACAAGAAGAAGAAAAAGAAAAAGAAAAUUAAGAUCAAGGAAGAUGUAGAAAAGGAGAAAAGGAGAAUGAUUGAGAGAAAGAAGAGGAGGGAAAGGGAUGUACAACGAGAGAAGAUCCGUGUUCAAGCCAAACUGCAACAACUUGAACAGAAAAAAUUCAAGCGGAUGAAAACUACUGAACAGGAAUCAUUGAGACAUGAGCUGUGUGAUAGAUCAUUUCAUUCCAUAGAUACGUUUGAAGAACACAAAAUUAGUCAUGUGACCAUCCCUCAUAAGAAAGCUCUCACUGUAAGUGUUGAGAAACUGAAAAUGGGAGAGAUCGUAGGUAGCGAACACUCCAAGCCAUCUAGAAAACACUUGGACACUGUCAAGUAUAAAGAAAAGAAAUCUUCAAAAAGGAAACAUUCUAAGGUUUCUGAAAGCAAGCCAGUUGCCAAGAAGAGGCUUCCAGAGGAGGAAGACCUAUAUGUGGAUGUUGUAAGUUUAGUGGACACACCAGCUAGUGUGAAAAAUCUUGCUACAAAUGUACUCAAGAGUACUGGAAAACCGGAUACCCCUGUAGCUGCAGUUGUAACGUCCAGAACUGCCACUGGGAAUGUGACAGACACUGAGAAGGUUGUAGAUACGCGGAUCUCACACGGGAACUCUAAAGCAAUGGUAUGGAAGAAGAAUGAAUUUGGUGUGCAAUUUCCUGUUGUUAUUGAGGUAGAGUGUCCAGACUGCCAGAUGAAGUUCAGUCACCAGUCCACAUUGGACAGGCAUAGGAGGCUGCACAGAAAAUAACCCAUCAUUGCUUGUGAUAUUCUGAAUAAAGGUAACUUAAACCAAUAAUUGAAAAGGGAGAAUAAAUGGACAGGAGCCUUUGACAGGGAUUUGUGCCCAAUUAUAUUUAUAAAAAGCUUCCCUUCAUUCACUUCUUGAAUUCAUAGUUCCAAUAGUUCCUUCCAGGUACCUAUUCACCUCACCUGGGUAGAGCUCAGCACAAUGUGGAUAAAUUUCUUGCGGAAGGGAAACGUGCCAUCAGCACCAUCCUUAUCAUUAUUGUCAUCAUCAUCAACAUCACCAUCAUUUCAUUAUUGUCAUCAUCAUCAACAUUAUUAUUGUUAUCUCAUAAAUAUCGUUGUUGUCGCCUACAUGCUCACUCAUCAUAACAAUAAUGUCCCCUAAAUCAUUUCAACAUGAAUCAAAGUCCUGUCCAAUUUUCUAUACCAUACAUGGUCACCCUCAAUUUUUCCCAUUCAAAGUAGGUAAAUUGGUGAUGGCAAAUAUUCCAGACCUAUCGACAUGUAGUGUGUAAGUAACAAAUUAUUGCUCUUUGUUCUUAAGAUUCUUCUUUUUAUAUUUCAACCUGUUACAUAAAAUAUCUUUGACUAGUGCAAUUUAUAUGGGUUGAAGUAGUUACGAUAAUUCUCUAUUUUGCAAAUGUGUCUUCUUAUCAUAGCUAAUCAAAACUUUUCUUGGACGUCAUUACAAUUGGAAUAAGUUUUGCUGUUCAAAAAAACAUUUUGAUUGUCAUUAAUGUUACUUAAUUACAACUUUAUAAGAUGAAGAUUAUAAGAUAAUUUAUUCAAAACGUGUAUUUAUAUCUAAUAUUAGAAAAAGUGUCAGAUUGCAGUUACACCUUAUAGCGUGCAAAAUAUUUUGAACAUGAAAGCUACCCAAUUGCUAAUAUUACAACUCAUUUGUAUUUUCAACCUCUUGAACAUACUGUAAUCAGAUUUUUUUUUUUAUAAGAAACACAUAAUCCAUAGGCACACAAAGUCAAGGCCAGCCAGGUCUUUCAAACAGGAUUCCUACGAGCAGCUUUUCAUUGGCUAUUCUCACAUUAUAUCAUAGACAAAAUGAUAGGAAAUGUUGUUUUGAAAAGACGCAUAGGGCCUUCAUAGCGGGAUUCCUGCCAAAAGGCACAGUCCAGACUUUUGACGAGUUGCCUUUAAGCAGGAAAAUUUUGAAUUAUUCAUGAAGUGUAUCCCAAUUCUUAUACAUUAUUUGAAACUCCUUUUUUAUUGACAUAAGAAAAAAAAAAAUAUUCACAUGUAUGUCAGGUGCCGCGUAACAGUUUUGAAAGUUUGGGGGGCUGAUCAUGCAGAAACUCAAAAUCAGAUGCUCAUUUUUAAGUGUGUGGGGUUUUUUGUACAUGGUUUUUGACAAAGAAGUGGGGGGACUGAAGCUCACCCACCGUGGCCCCUGUCUAUUACCUUGUCUUUCUCUCUUCAUCUGCAACUGUUUCCCCUUUUCUUAUAAUUUACCUGUAUUGUCACUUUUUAUUCUCGGUAUUCUUUCUACGUGCGUAAAAGCCAUGCGUAACUUUGCGAGGAGCUUCAUGAAACACCCAUCAGAAUUUGUAAAAAGACUUUGAAUUUGUACAAUUCAUUAAUUGUACACCGCUGGAGUGACAUGACCUAAUAAUAUCUCAAUUUGGGGGGCAAAUUGAUUUUUUCAGUAAAAAUCUCAGCUCUCUUAAUAAAAGAUUAAAGCCACAAC